AUAGCUGCUAGUUAGCUAGCCAAUUACAGGCUAACGGGGAAAAUGGCUUAGCGUGGUCCCCCCACAUCACAUCGACAAUCAUAUAGCUGUACUUUUUUUGUUUGUUGAUACAUAUGAUUUACGUUUUUAGUAUACCUUGCAAACCCACUUGAUUCAUGCAAACUCUCGUUUGUUGGAUUUAGCAGGCUCAUUCGAACAUCUUUUGACACCAACACGGCUCAGCUCAACCGGUGCAGGUACAGCAGCAGACCGGGAGAAACAUGGUAGUUCCGCACAGCUCCAGUGCGGUGCAACCAGCAGACAACGACUGUGCCGAGGGUCUUGUGAAGCCCUCCCAGCCGAGCUACGAGGAGGAGCAGGAGCUAGCAGGGGUGGAGUUGGAGGAGGUACGUAAGCUCCAGGAACUCAUUCGAAGACUUGAGGUCCAGAAUCAAACACUCCGAAACAGGGGAGGCAGUAAGAAUCUACAUCUCAGAGGGACCACCACAAACCGUAACCUCACAACCAGUACCAACAUCAAUGAGAUAAUCUCCUCCUGUGAAGGAGUGAUCAACACCAACUCCUCUCUCAGGUUGGGGAGCAGUGGAAGCUGUGGAACGGAACAAGAGGGCAGCAGUAGUGACUUGGAACUGUCCCCUCCUCAGGACAGCAGUAGUGACUUGGAACUGUCCCCUCCUCAGGACAGCAGUAGUGACUUGGAGCUGUCCCCUCUUCAGGACAGUAGUAGCAGUGAGGAUAUGUCCCAGCUCCCUGUAGUUAACCGGGAAGAGGAGGAUGGUGGACUGUGUGCAGGCUUUCUGAACCUGCCGUGUGGGAAUGAACCAGGACCGGCGCAGACCCAGGGGCUAAGCACAACCCCAGAGAGUCCCUCUUUGGACAGUUAUGAGUCUGAGACCCUGGCGGAGAGCGACUCGGGGGUGGACCAGUUGGCUCUGGAUGAAGUGGAUGUUCUGGACCUAUGGGAAGACCUUGCAGAGGUGGAUGACGAGGGCAGCUGGUUGUAUGUCUCCCCUAUGAAGCAGGUAGUUGCUGAGCCCGGACCUGAGUCUCCUCUGAAGUGGUGUCGGAAGGUUCUGGACCACCCCAGCCCAGAGACGGAGGUAGCCUGUCGCACCCUGCUCAACCGUCUCGACCAGACAUCUCGCUGGAGGAACAUCUACAGCAGCUCUGGUCAGAUGGGGGAGGCUGGCUCCUCUGGCUCUGGGCUCCUCUCUCCUGGGUACCACAGCAAAUCUACUAACAAAAGCCUACUGGCCAGUGGUGGCUCAGGCUACGUGAGUGUGCACUCUGCUCUGAGUUCCCAGUCUUCUGUAGACAGUGAGCUGAGUACCUCAGACGACUCCAUCACCAUGGGUUACAAGCUACAGGACCUCACUGACGUCCAGAUCAUGGCCCGCCUACAGGAAGAGAGUCUGAGACAGGACUAUGCCUCCAGCUCUGCCUCAGUGUCUCGUCGUAGUUCCUCUGCCUCCCUCCAGUCUCUACGUCGGGGUGGGACCUACAGCGACCAGGAGUUUGAUACCUACAGCCUGGAGGAUGAGGAGGAUGAGUGCUGCUCUCUGCCCCAGCGACGCCUCCGCUACUCCCCCUCUCCCCUGAGCUCACCCCGCUGCCUCUCCCCCUCCACGGGUUUGCAGGGCCAGGCAGAGUACAGCAGGCUGGGGGCCCCCCGACAACGUGUUCCAAGGCGAUCGCUACAGGGGCCCGGGCCCGAGCUGCUAAAGUUCGCCAAGACCGAGGAAGAGGUGAGGCACAGCAUGCCUAACCUGGCCCCCCGCACCAGCCUGCGUUCCCUGGAGGCGGUCAGGAACAGUCGCAGCAUGGAGGCUAACCUCCAGAGCUCUGGUAUGUCAUCCGGUCAGAUGCGAGGCAGUGGCCAGUCCCAUCUGUCCAUGCGGGUCCCUGUCAAAGCCAUGGGCUCCAUGCCGGGGGCCCGCCAGCCCUACAGGGGCCUGCCUGUAGUCCAGAGUGGACCCAAUGGAGGGGUACGGAGGGUCCAGUCCACAGGGCCUGCCAAUGGGGGAGCCUACCCAGCCGGGAGAGCCUCUACUGGGGGUGGGAGGCAAUCAGCAGCCCCAUCCUCAAGGAGUAGACUGGCCCAUCCACAUAGAAGGUCUAUGGGGAUGACUAGAACAAAUGGCCCAAUCUCAAAUGAGUCCUGGCGAGACGGCUGCUACUGAGACAACAAGGAAACUUCCUCCACCUCUCUCCUUUACCUCACGCUUUUAUAUAAACACCAACUAAAUUGCCUCUGAACGUACCCCUGUAGGCAACACCAACUUACUUGCCUCUGAACGUACCCCUGGCCUAUGAACAUACCUCUGUAGGCUGGACCACUGUAGAUGAACAGAGCUUCCCUUGCAUGCAGAACCCUAUUACCCCACGGAUACACUGGAGACAGGACCUGGACAGAGCUUCCCUGGCAUGGAGCACCUUCUCACCCCACGGAUACACUGGAGACAGGACCUGGACAGAGCUUCCCUGGCAUGGAGAACCUUCUCACCCCACGGAUACACUGGAGACAGGACCUGGACAGAGCUUCCCUGGCAUGGAGCACCUUCUCACCCCACGGAUACACUGGAGACAGGACCGGGACAGAGCUUCCCUGGCAUGGAGCACCUUCUCACCCCACGGAUACACUGGAGACAGGACCUGGACAGAGCUUCCCUGGCAUGGAGCACCUUCUCACCCCACGGAUACACUGGAGACAGGACCUAGACAGAGCUUCCCUGGCAUGGAGCACCUUCUCACCCCACGGAUACACUGGAGACAGGACCGGGACAGAGCUUCCCUGGCAUGGAGCACCUUCUCACCCCACGGAUACACUGGAGACAGGACCUAGACAGAGCUUCCCUGGCAUGGAGCACCUUCUCACCCCACGGAUACACUGGAGACAGGACCGGGACAGAGCUUCCCUGGCAUGGAGAACCUUCUCACCCCACGGAUACACUGGAGACAGGACCUGGACAGAGCUUCCCUGGCAUGGAGCACCUUCUCACCCCACGGAUACACUGGAGACAGGACCGGGACAGAGCUUCCCUGGCAUGGAGCACCUUCUCACCCCACGGAUACACUGGAGACAGGACCGGGACAGAGCUUCCCUGGCAUGGAGAACCUUCUCACCCCACGGAUACACUGGAGACAGGACCGGGACAGAGCUUCCCUGGCAUGGAGCACCUUCUCACCCCACGGAUACACUGGAGACAGGACCGGGACAGAGCUUCCCUGGCAUGGAGAACCUUCUCACCCCACGGAUACACUGGAGACAGGACCUGGACAGAGCUUCCAGAGUACAGAAGAUGUUGUUUUAUAACAUUCCAAUUCCAGUCUAUAUUUUAUGAUAGUUGAGAGAAGACACAGGGUUGUUAAUUUGUUUACGUUCUGUAGAUUUACAAAUGAUUGAAGACUUUGGAUGGACUGUUUGUUCUAUUGUGUGUGAAGUUGAACUCUGAUAUUUAAGGUGAUCACAUCUGUUACUUGGGUGUUGUAUGAUGUUUUUGUUUAGUUUUCUUUUCUCUGAGGACAAAGAAAUUAGUUUGUUAUAAAUAAUAAGUAUGUUCUUCCAAGGAACACCCCUCAUGUUGAUGCGUGUGGGAAGUUUUUUUUUUUUUAAUGUUUGUGGGUUUUGUGGGAUUGGUUGUGAUUCCUGUAUAAUUGUGUUUUGCCGACUAAUGCAACAGCUCUGGACCACACUGCCCUUCCAUCAAGACCCCCCUUAACUUUUUUUUUUAAUGUUCUUAUGAAAAGUUAUCGUUGGGAUAAGUUCGUUGUGCAUAUCUGUUACUGCAGCAUUGUUUCUACAACUCCAACAAACUACUACUUGUAGAUGAGAUACUGUACUGUAUACAUUGAUUUACCACAGUUGUUUUUACUGCAUAUCGGUUGGUGAAUCUGAGUGUUGGGUUUUAAAACCGCUGUACUAAUAAAACAAACUGACGCACGAAGUAAAGGCCUUUAUGCUCUUUCUAAGAGACAACCAGCUAUGCUCCCUCAUGCGGAGUGCCUCUGAAAAUCAGGAACUGGAAUGAAAAUGAAGAAUAAAACCUACUCGGAACUAUUUACUCUGCUGCUUGUGUAGAUGCGCUUCCUCUGCAUGCACUAGAUAUUGAUGUGCUGUAGGCUGGAACAUUCUGGGAAAUAAAAAUAAUCUGUUUUUGAAACUCAA